AUGGCCGACGAGAUCGACACGAGGCCGGCCUCCGCGGGCUCCCGGGGCCGCCCCGCGCACGCUACGGAGGACGACGACAGGGAGGAGGGCGAGAUCGCCGACGACGCCCCCGCGCCCGCCCUCCCCGCCACGCACCCGCUCGAGCACUCGUGGACCUUCUGGUUCGACAACCCGCAGGCCAAGAACAAGCAGGCCACCUGGGGGAGCUCCAUCCGACCCAUCCACACUUUCUCCACCGUCGAGGACUUCUGGGGCCUUUACAAUAAUAUUCAUCACCCUAGCAAGUUGGCCACGGGAGCUGACUUCCAUUGCUUCAAGAACAAGAUUGAACCAAAAUGGGAAGACCCUAUUUGUGCUAAUGGCGGUAAAUGGACCAUCAGCUGUGGAAGAGGAAAAUCUGACACGCUGUGGCUGCACACCCUGUUGGCUAUGAUUGGCGAACAAUUCGACUAUGGCGAUGAAAUUUGUGGAGCAGUCGUCAGCGUGCGUGGCAAGCAGGAAAAAAUAGCUAUCUGGACAAAAAAUGCUGCUAAUGAAGCUGCUCAGAUAAGCAUUGGGAAGCAGUGGAAGGAAUUCCUGGAUUACAAGGACUCCAUUGGAUUCAUUGUUCAUGACGAUGCAAAGAAGGCGGACAAGGGACCGAGGAACCGUUACACGGUUUGA